GAAAUGGAUGGAAGUUCAUGAGGAUCAAAAAAGGCAGUUCCCUGUUUAGUUUGUCCCACACGGCUCGCCGUCGACACAAUUGACAGCUGGCUCCCGUAGUCAACAUGGCGGAGGAUAGCCUGCUUGCAAGCAAAGAUGAAAACAUUUUAUACGAUUUACUUGUUAUUACCGAAUGGCCGCCCGAGACUGACACGCAGCAACGAGGCAACAAAGAACAUGACACCUCUAUUAUUGCAAAAACAGUGACAGGCCCAUUCAGAUUAAUCCUGCACUAUUUGUGGUACAGCCCCACCAGCUCGUCUCUGCCCCACGGUCUUCUCCGGCUGGCGAAUAAGCAGAUCAACUGGCAGCUGGUGCUUGCAAGUAACGGCAAACUCUUGGCAGUGAUUCAGGACCAGUGUGUGGAGAUUAGGUCUGUAAGAGAUGACUUCGGCUCAGUCAUUGGGAAGUGUCAAGUUCCGAAGGAUCCCAACCCCCAAUGGCGGCGGGUGGCGUGGAGCCACGACUGUGCCCUGCUAGCGUUUGCAGACAGCACGGGCACAGUGCGCCUCUUUGACCUUGUGGGCAGCGAGCUGUUUGUCAUCCAGCCGGCACUGAGUUUUCCCGGAGAUUUCAGCUGCGCUGUAGCGGGCCUCGUUUUUCUCGAGUACACGGGCGGCGCUCAGUGGUCGGCCGAACUGCUCGUCAUCACGUACGGAGGCGGGCUCAAGAGCUACCUGGUCAGCGUAGGGACCAAUCAGAACUUCCAAGAGAACCACACGUUCAGCUUCUCGUCUCUCUACACUCAUGGCAUUACCUCGGCCAUUUACCACCCGGGACACCGUCUGCUGCUGGUGGGAGGCUGCGAGUUAGGAGAUGACAGUACGUCCAAGGCCUCUUGUUGCGGCCUCACCUCCUGGAGGGCUCUGUCCGGUUCGCCCCACUAUAAGCAGGUCACCAGCUACGAGGACGACGUCAACCCGAGCCAGAAGCGAGGUUUCUUAAGGAUGCCCACCUUCAGGCCAUUCACCAGACAAGGAGAUGAAAAGGAUGGCGUAUUCUGCAUGAGCCUCAGCCCCGACGGCACCCUGCUGGCUGUCAUUCACUUCUCGGGUCGUCUGUCUCUCUGGGACGUCCCCUCGCUUAAACAAAGGGCGACGUGGGAGCAGGACCAACAGCCAGGAUUUGAAGAGAUCAAUCCGGAGUGGAAGACAUCGCUGGAGAGGAGGAAGAAAAUAAAAGAUAAAGAGCAGUACCAGCCCCUUGUGGACGUCAACUGGUGGAGUGAAAAUGUCCUCAUCUUGGCUCGCUGCUCUGGCUCCGUCACUGUAUCGUCAGUCAGGACCCUCAGAAACCUUCUGGGCAAAUCCUGCGAAUGGUUCGAGCCCUCACCCCGAGUCACGGCCGCAUACGACGGCGGGUUUCUUAGCCUGGAGUGCGAAGUGAAACUAGCCCAGAAGCGCGGGCGUCUGGAGAGCAAUCUCAGUGGCGAAGACGAGGACGUCGGCGGGGACUAUGACUCGGACGACGAGUCCUCCGCCAAGGCCCGUUAUUUUGGCUACAUUAAACAGGGCCUGUACUAUGUGACAGAGAUGGAGCGCUUUGCGCCACCACGCAAGCGACCCCGCACUGUUGUCAAGAACUACCGUCUGGUUAGCCUGAGGUCAACGACGCCAGAGGAACUCUACCAGAGGAAGAUUGACAAUGAAGAGUACGGUGAAGCCUUGUCUCUUGCCCAAGCGUACAAUCUGGACUCAGAUCUGGUCUACCAGAGACAAUGGAGGAAGAGUACUGUCAGCAUCGCCUCCAUACAAGACUACCUGAGCAAGAUCCGCAAGCGCUCAUGGGUGCUGCACGAGUGCGUGGAGCGCGUCCCGGAGAACGUGGACGCGGCUAAAGAGCUUCUGCAGUAUGGCCUGAAGGGGACUGACCUGGAGGCCCUCAUCGCCAUAGGAAACCGGGAAGACGGGGGCAGGUUUAUUAUGCCCGGUGAUGUUGACCUGGAUGACCUUCCCUAUGAAGACCUGUCAGACGAGGAUGAAGUGGAUAUGAAGAAGGAGAAAGAGAACAAGAGGAAACAAGAACUUCUGGCAAAGGUUGAUUUUGGCAGGCUGACACUGGAGCAGAAGGAGCUGUGUCGGAGCCGAUUGAAGCUGCUCUCCUAUCUAGACCGCCUGGCAACGUAUGAGGAGAUACUUGGAGGUCCUCAUGCAGCUGAGCAGAAAUACGAUGCAAAGUUCUUCAAGAAGUUCCGUAGUCAAAAUAUUGUGUUGUCAGCUAGAAACUACGCCAGGGAGAGCAACAUGCAGGCUCUUGACAUUCUUUUUACAUAUCAUGGGGCAGAGCUUCUCCAGCAUCGUUUGGCCAUUCUUUACAACUUUCCAGAAACCACUUCUCCACACGAAUACAUGGUCUUGCUGCCUGAAGCCUGCCUGAACGAGCAAAGCGAUUUGGUUCUGAUCCCCUGGGACGAGCAGAGACACAGAGAAAUGGACUGGUGUGAGGCAGAGGAGUGCAGGGCUGUGUUGGACCAGAACCUGAUUGACGACGACGUAUUCCUCUACGAGGACUCUCCUGACCUGCUGAGGUUUCGCACGGCGACUCCUUCCAUUCAUCUUCUUACCGACUGGUACUGCAGCCGAGUGCAGGAUAUCGACUCUUGCUCCAGACAGGUGGACUGCGCCCUGUCGCUGGUGCGCCUCGGGAAAGAGCGUGCGAUCCCCGGCCUGGAGCUCCUGUGCGAUGACCUAAUCACCCUGGAAACGGUGAUCUACGAGACGCUCUGUGAACUCAACCUGACGCUGUUUGAUUUGCAGCAGCUGGGCAACAUCGACAAGCUCCGCCUCCUUAUGAAAAAUUCCAGCAGGGAGCGCUAUGUGAAAGAUGCCUUCCAGUGGAUGGUGCCCUUCCUGCACCGCUGUGAGCGACAGGAGGCGGGCGCUGCCAAACAUCUGCUCAGAGACUACCUGGUCGGCCUGGCCCAGCACGACCUCUCCUUUCCUCUCAUUAUAUUCCAGCACUCCAAACCUGAUUGUCUACAGAAGUUGAUCGGGGACCCUGACCAGUUGAUGGCGUUGUCUCUGGAUUGCAUCUACAGCAGUGAGAGAGACGACCAGCUCAGCCUCUGCUAUGACAUCCUAGAGUGUCUCCCACAAAGAGGUUUUGGGCCUGAGACUGACGUCACCGCUUCCUUGCAUGAUCAGGUGGACAAACUUGAGAAACACCUCAGUGUGGCGGAGGUGCUUGAGAAACAUGGCCUACAGAAGCCCAUCUCCUACGUGAGGAACAGUCAGAACAGCAAAGAGGAAGCCAACGAACUUAUGGUCAAACUGUGUCGGCAUACGGGACGCAAGAACCCUCCAGUGGGCGAGACUGUGUGGAGAGGUCUGCUGCAGGAUCUGCUGGACAUGCAGCAGAACGUCUAUGUCUGUUUAAAAGCUGAGACCUGCCACCAGAUAUUUGUUCAGUCCCUGCUGUGCUCGAGCCGGCUGGAGAACGUGCGCCUAGCCGGACAGUUGAUGCACUGCUCCAAGGUGAGCCAAGACGUGCCCGUCAGCCUGUCCUUCCGCGGUAAAGGCUUUGCCAUGAAAGUAGCCUACGACAGCAGCGUGGAGCUGGUGCUGGCUGCCGCGAGAGAGUACUUCAACUCCUCCACCACACUGACAGACUCUUGCAUGGGCCUGGCAAGGACGUGUCUCCAGCUAAUCACCGACUGUCCUCCGGCCGUCCAAGAUGAGCUUGACCUCAUCAGUGCCAUCAGCCAGCUGGAGGACUUCAGUGUAAACGUCUUGCCUCUGCAAGUGCGUCUGCGCUCAGACCGUCUGUCUCUCAUCGAGGAGUGCAUCGCCCACUGCUCCACCGCCUACAAGCAGUCCAACACUCUACUGAGUCUGGCUUCUCUGCUGCGAGUGGCAGGGGAUGAUGAGGCCGCACGCAAAGGGCAGGUGUUGACCCUGCUAGCGGAGCAAGCCCUCCAGUAUCUGGACUUCAAGGCUGCUUACAUUCACUGUCAGGACCUCAUGGCUGCAGAUUACAGUCCAGCCUGGGAUGUGUGCAGUCUGCUGGGUCAAUGCGAGGGCUUUACUGGCCUAGAAGCAAGGCAGCAACUGAUGGCCUAUUCUCUUACCCAUUGUCCUCCUGACAACAUCCACGCUCUCCUGGCGGCCUCCAGUGACCUGCAGACUCAGGUACUGUACCAGGCGGUUAACUACCAAAUGGAGCCUGAUGUCUCACAGUGUGAAAAAGAAGCAGAUGACAAUGAACCAUUAAAGGUCUUGCCUCCCUCCGGGGACACCCCCGUGGCGGCAGUUGGGGCCUUACUACACAGGACGACGGCUAAAACCAUGGAGGUUCUGACCACGACAGGGCUGAGCACCAAAGCUGUGUUGACCGCCGUCGGUGACCACCGCUGGUGGAAGCAGUCACUCACCUACCUCCGCCCUCUGCAGGAGACCAGCAAUGGAACCGCCGGUGAGGAAUGUACGCGUGAGAACGCCAAGCUGGAACGUCAAGGAUGUUGCGCCUUCUAUCAAGAGCUCUUUGAGCGUCCCUUUGUAGAGCCGAGUCAAGAUGUGUAUUCGUCUUACGAGGAUGUUCCGCCAGAAAACUUUGCAGAGGUUUUGCUGAGGACUGGCAAACUGGCCGAGGCCAAAACUGAAGGAAGAACCCCGUUUCCUGCUACAGAAGUUUUGCUGCAGCUGGCUAACGACGCCUUUCCCCGGGACAUGACGCUGGCGCUGUCCUAUUUACUGGCCCUGCCUCAGGUCCUGGACGCCAACAUGUGCUUUGACAAGCAGUGCCACUCGGCCCUUUCCCUCCAGCUGGCGGCAUACUACUACUCCCUGCAGAUAUACAGCCGCCUCAUGCCCUGCUUGAAGGACAAGCACCACAGCCUCUACCAGGCUGACCCAAAGGAACUGAUCCGCCUGGUCACCCAGCACGUUUCUUCGUAUUCCGGUUGGCCGGAGGAGCUUCAGGGUUUGAUCGCACAGCUUCACGCGUACAACGAGCGCCUGACCGACUUCACCCAGGCGCAGGUGUUACAGGGGCUGGGCCGCGGCGUGGACGUGCAGAGGUUUAGCUCCGACCUCGACUACAAGAAGGAGACCAUCCUCGGCCUGGCAGAGACGUUGGAUGACAGCGUGUACGGCAUCUCGAUGUCCCUGGCAAAGCGCUACAGUGUUCCUCUGUGGGAGGUCCAUAUGACUCAUCUGGAGUUCCUUUUCACAGACAGCGGUCUGUCCACCAAGGACCUUGAAUCUCGCAGUGAGUCACUGGGCCUGUUUCAGACUCUAAAGAGCAACCCUCAGGCCUUUUACAGCCACAUGAACAAAUACGUUCUUCCCAGCGUGGAGGGAAGCGACCUGAGCCGCCUGCUCUACUACUACACCUUGCUUGACGCCGCCGGCUGUGAGGCUUACAUGGCCGGCGCCGCCAUCAAACCGGAAAGCCAUGUCAAGCUGCUCAAGAAGCUUCGAGCCGUGGCUAAUGGCUUAAACUACCGCCAGCUGACAGACGAGUCUCUGGACCCACUGGCCGCUCUUAAAAUGGUCCUGACGAGUCAGAACGUCCUGUCAAUCUCGAAACUCGCCAAUCGUCUACGAAGGCCCGGCGGCGGUGGAGGGUCGGCAACGCUUUCCCCAAGUGCCGUGCACGCCACAUGGCUGCAGAAGAUGUUCUGGAAAGGAGACGCCCAGUUGUUAAAAAGACCUCCCGAAAGCGACCAGGACUACCUCCAUGCUUACGACACCUGUGCCAAGUACCUGGACAGACUGCUGCCUGCUGACGCUGUCUACCUUCUGGACGACAUCACUUUCUCCACACAGGCUGUCAAGCAGCUGAGCAUCCAGGCGCGUUCCGAGCUGAUUCGCCGAGCUACUAAAGCCCUGCACCAGCUGGGCGAGAAAAGCAAGAAGCGAGGGGGAGUUGCGGCCGACAAUCAGGAUGGAGCGGACCCGACGGCGAUGACUUUUGACGAGGCCUUGGCACACCUGCAGCAAUCACAAGCCCACCUGUACACGCUGAGUCAUCCAUUCAUCGUGUCGCUCAAAGACAGCCAGCAGGAGCAGCUGCGGGGUUACAGUCGACUUUACGAUAUGUCUCGAUCGGAAAGGUCAAAGGUGCACAAGCUGGCGGUCGCCAUGGCCACUGACGGGCAGCCUCUGGAGAGUAUCGCAGAGCUCCUGAAGGUCGCCGUGGGUUGCCUCGACCUGUCUGUCAAAAGCGUGCUGCAGGAUGCUGUCGCCAGAGUAGUCGCCGAACUAAGCUGCGACUCAGACGGCCUUAGGAGUCACAAAGAAGCCCUCAGUGUGCUGGAGGCCAUCGUUACGGCGGUGCACCACAGUGUGCAGAAAGGUGACAAUACGGCGACAUCAGACGACCUGCUGGCCUGGUUGCGUCCGUUCUGCGGCGAAGCGUCUCUACCUGUGCGUCCUCGCAUUGCUGUGCUACAGAUUCUGGAGAGUAAUUUCAGCCUGCGAGACAGCGACGUCCGUCUGCUGCUGCUCUACAGGACAGAGGCUGUGCUGAAAGACAGACAGGUGGAAAUGGAGGACGUGGAGAACGAGGAGAAUAGGUACAGCCUUUUCCUGCAACUGCUAGAGGCCGCAGACAAGUGUGAAGACUUCCAGACGCUCGUCCUGCUCCUACAAGCUUGGCCGCCCAUGAUGCAAGAAGAUGUGGCCCAAUCGCAGCGUAACCCCUGGGUGGUGCUGACUUCAACCAUGCUGACCCGCUGUCAGGGGUCGGAAGUCGACGUGGACCUGGGGCAGCAGGUUGUGACCAUGGUGCGGUCCUUGUACAACAGUAAACACAAGCUCCCUCCACAGUGCAUCAGGAGCAUGACUGACCUGCUGCUACAACACAAGCCUAGUCUCCAGCAGCCCGCACUCAAGCUGAUGGCUGAGAGCGGCGAUGCCAAGCUGCUGCAGCUCACGUUGGAUCACAUCAACAGCAUGAGCAAGGAGGCUGUGUCCUCGUGUGACGCAGAGCUCCUGGGGCUCCUCCUGGACGCCGAGCUUCUCGUGGGAUGUGUUUCGUCAACCGCCUACCCGCUGCUCCGCGCCCACAUGCUGGCCCACCAGCAGGAGGGUGGCUGGGACGUAGAGAAGGCCGCCACCCAGCUGCUGUCAGCCGGACAUGGAGCCGAGGCUGGCUCCCUCCUGCUGGCCCACCGUGGCACCCACCCGGCACACUUCACCUUCAACUCUGCUUUAGCCGUCCUCAAGAAGUGGCUAUGAGGAGGUUUGAUGUCCAUGUGUGUGUCCGUGACUAUCAAACAGAUAGGCCUUGUAAUAUGUUGCACGCAAUCAUGCAGUCAUGAAGGACGGGGUCAAGGAUGUGUAUAAACAAAGCACAUGUGUUUAUGUCCAUUUGUGUAAUCAAGUAAUUGGCCGACGGUGCCUGAAUAUUAGCAUUUUGUUUUAUGUGACAGCGUUGACAUUUUGGCGCCUCAUUCUAAUAAAAUACACAGCAUUGUU